UCAACCAAAUCUGAGAACAUUACGUUAAUAGUCAUGCUGUUGUCUCAAUUAUUUUAGGAUAGAGGCACAUCCUCAUCCUUUUUUUUAUUUUUAUUUUAUGACUAUUCUGAAAUUCAUAAAUGGGAAGCAAGCUUGAAAGUUUCAAUACGGCUGGUUUACUUUGCCUGGGUUAACAAAAGAAAGCUGCACAGGACAAGAUGUGAAAAUACACCUGAAUCAAUACAGCUGAAUCAUCCAAGAAACUCCAGUUUCACCUUGUUUCACUUUUCUGUUUUUGUGGACCUGGUGGGAAAUAUUUACCUGGAGUAAACUGGACCCAGUGUCUAUAGAUGCACCUCUUCACCACCUCCAUGUCUAAAGUGUUGAGUUUUAGUGACUAAUUUCUACUUGCCUCAGCAUAGAGUUCCUUUGUGUCCAAUCAAGAUGCUAAACCCUGAGUUACAAUCUUUGCAUUUCCAAAUAAAUGUCUUAUAGAAUCAUGGACCAAUGGUGCAAGCUUCAUGCAAGUGGCCACAGCCCUCAGCGAGUCCUCCUCCAUCCACAGCGACGCCCUGUAUCAUCUGACCAAGGACAUGUCCGGGAUGGGACUGGACCCCAUGUCCUACAGCAUCCUGGAACCUGAGCCUUAUAAAGAAGAACCCUGGACUGAGGAAUCACAGCAUUUGUUACAGCGCAACAGCAUGCAGAUCUCCCCGACUGAAGACAAGAUCCCUGUCGUGGGUUCCAUUUCAAGUCCUCAGGCCAGCGGGGAGGGCCUCUACUUCUCUGAUGGCAGACGGAAAGUUGAUUACGUUCUGGUCUUCCAUCAGCGACGGCGCAGCUCCAUUCGAUCUCGCGCCAGCACCUCAGUUUCACACGACAGAUUAUCCAUCGUUUCCAAUGGCAACUUUCCCCCUUCGGCGGUUUCGGAUGCGGCAGCAAGAAGAGGCAGCGUACGGGGAGGGGAUGCUGCCAGUGCCGGCGAGGUGUUUAUGGAACUUGGAGGUGCAGGAGGGAACGAGUUAACGGAGCCAGCUGACCAUGAGAUGCGUUUAAUCAGACAGGAAUUUGAGGCCAACCUGGUGGAAGCCGGCCUGGAGAUAGAGAGAGACAGAGAGUUAAAGACCCACGGCCCCAGCUUCACUCGUCUCCAUGCGCCCUGGCCGGUACUGUGUCGAGAGGCUGAGUUUCUCAAGAUUAAAGUUCCCACUAAGACGAGUUAUGAACUUAAAGAGGAAAGUGGCUUUGGGUCCAGUAUGACUACAAUGUGGAGGAAAAUGAACCAGCCUUUCCAGCCUAAAGUACCACACCAGGACCAUGAUCGCACCAAAUUUCUCACACACUGCUUCUCCAGAGACAAACUUCACCUGUACAACAUCACAUCUAAAGACACAUUCUUUGACAACGCCACAAGGGGCCGAAUAGUAUAUGAGAUCCUGAGACGGACGGUGUGUGUACGGACCUGUCAAACCAUAGGCAUCAGCACAUUGAUAGCUAAAGGCGUGUAUGACGCUGCCUUCCCUCUUCACGACGGUGACUAUAAGGUCAUCGGACACCUUGAGGAGAGGAAUGACAGACAGACUCUGCAUGAGGAGUGGGCCAGAUACUCAGCCUUUUACAAGUACCAGCCCAUUGAUCUCGUCAGGAAGUACUUUGGGGAGAAGAUCGGUCUGUACUUCGCAUGGCUCGGUGUUUACACUCAGCUGCUGAUACCAGCCUCCAUAGUGGGAAUCAUUGUGUUUGGCUACGGGGUGGCGACAGUGGAUACUAACAUACCCAGUCUGGAGAUGUGUGACGAGCGUCUCAAUUUCACCAUGUGUCCUCUGUGUGAUGGAGCCUGUGACUUCUGGCAGCUCAGCACCGCCUGUGGUACCGCCAGGGCUUCACACCUCUUUGACAACCCCGCUACCGUCUUCUUCGCCAUCUUCAUGUCUCUGUGGGCGGUGCUGUUCCUGGAGCACUGGAAGCGCCGUCAGAUCAGUUUGAGCUUCAGUUGGGAUCUGACAGGCAUCGAGGAGGAUGAGGAACAUCCCAGGCCAAAGUAUGAAACCAUCCUCCUUCAGAAAAGACAGCGGAAGCAGAAAAAUGAAAAGAAGAAGAAGAAGAAAAAGAAUGAGCCAGAGAAGCAGGAGGAUGGGACAGUGACAGGGAAGGACAGAUGGAGGCAAAAACUACUGUCUGCCAUGGCUGCAGGAAUACCGGCUGCCAUAGAGAAGUUGACCUGGAAAGACCGUCUCCCUGGAUACUUCAUCAAUGUUUCCUCUAUCCUCUUUAUGUUUGGCUUGACGUUCUCAGCAGUCUUUGGUGUCAUUAUCUACCGCAUCACAGUGUCAGCCCUGAUGGCGAUGAGUCCUGACCCAGAGACCAAGUCUAAUGUUCGAGUGACAGUGACGGCCACUGCGGUCAUCAUCAACCUGGUGGUCAUUCUGAUCCUUGAUGAAAUCUACGGCGCUGUGGCAUUGUGGCUGACUGAGCUAGAGAUUCCUAAAACAGAAACCAACUUUGAGGAGCGCCUCAUCCUCAAAGCCUUCCUGCUCAAGUUUAUGAAUGCAUACGCACCCAUCUUUUACGUGGCUUUCUUCAAGGGACGGUUUGCUGGUCGACCUGGAAAUUACGUGUACGUCUUCAAUGAUUAUCGGAUGGAGGAGUGUGCACCAGGAGGCUGCCUCAUUGAGCUGUGCAUUCAGCUCAGCAUCAUCAUGCUGGGGAAGCAGCUGAUCCAGAACAACAUCUUUGAGAUCGGCAUCCCGAAGUUGAAGAAGCUGGUGCGUGCGAUAAAGGAUAAAGCACCAACGGAGAAGGAGCUGGAGGAGGAGAGGCCUCCACAGCAGUGGAACUUGGACUACGCCCUGGCUCCCUUUGAAGGCCUCACGCCCGAAUACAUGGAGAUGAUAAUCCAGUUUGGUUUCGUCUCUCUGUUCGUGGCUUCAUUCCCACUUGCUCCGCUCUUCGCUCUGCUCAACAACGUCAUCGAGAUCAGACUGGAUGCCAAGAAGUUUGUUACGGAGCUACGCAGGCCUGUCGCCGUACGUGCUAAAGACAUUGGUAUAUGGUACAACAUACUGAGUGGAAUGGGAAAAUUCUCAGUCAUCAUAAAUGCCUUUGUCAUCUCGUUCACAUCAGACUUCAUUCCUCGCCUCGUAUACCAGUACAUGUUCAGUCAGACUGGCACCAUGCACGGCUUCAUUGACCACACACUCUCGUACUUCAACGUGUCCAACUUUAAACCUGGCACGGCACCGCAGAACUCAGACCAUGGAAAUAUCACUGUCUGCCGGUAUAAAGAUUACAGGGAGCCCCCGUGGUCUUCCGAAGCGUACACGUUCUCCAAACAAUACUGGUGUGUCCUGGCUGCAAGACUGGCUUUCGUCAUACUGUUCCAGAAUCUGGUGAUGUUCCUCAGCCUCAUGGUCGCCUGGGGGAUCCCUGACGUUCCCAAAACCGUCGUGGAGCAGUUCAAACGGGAGAAGAAACUUCUGGUCGACGUCUUCUUACAGGAAGAGAAGGAAAAAUUCCAGCUCAUCCAGAGCCUCUUCUCCAAGGACACCACCCUCCAGCCGGACAGCCAAACGCUCCACCCGGGCCAAGGCUUAACAAUCCCGAGCCGCUUCAGUACCCUGCCCCCGGGUCUGAUGCAUGGCUUGCAGGGCUUAGCCGGAGAAGGAGGAGGGCCGAGGGCCAGGUGUAGGGCCGCCAGCUUCAGCUUGUUCACCCCGGCACCCAGAAAUGAAAAUGAGAAUUCAAGACACACAGCGGUGUGAUAUGUAACACACAUCUGUAGGGGCUCUUCAGCUAGGCCUCAGGACUGGAGAACAUGUUACUCGGGUGAUUCGGUUUGUGAAUGUCUUUACCUGUGUCUUUUGUGUCCUGGUGUGUCUGACACUAGUGCUGUGAUUUUUUUUUUUUUUUUUUUUUUUUUUAAA